GGCUGGGUGCAUGCUGCUGUCGCAUCGUUUACAAUUCUUCUCCGCCAUCACGGUUCACCGCCGCUGGUGCGGAUAGAGAGAACCACACCGGACAGGCUGGUUCGUGCACGAAUCAUACUUCGCCUUGGGAAGCGGCCGGCACGACUGCUGGGCACGACUGGGGUUGUCAUGGAUGCCCACCGCGACGACCACCACGGCCACCACGGGUCGAGGAGAAGUCGACGUCGAAAAUGGCAUGUUUCGUCGCCUCAGCGAGGCGAGGAAGAUCGGCCGUCUCUUCCCUGUCGUUUCAGACUUGCUGUGGGCUUGACAGGCUUUGCAAUCUCCACUGAGCCGUACACUACGCAGGGAACUCGACAUGCUUUUUGUUCAAGGAUGAAUUGGUUAGCUGCGUGCGUAUCUGCCUCUUCGAACCGCAGUCAGCCGUCAUGGCUGGUAUCUGCCAGGAUGAGAAGAACCCAACGACCUUGUGGUAAAAGUCCGAAGAAAGUCUCUCGUUCUUGCAGGAGCUGGUGGAACUCACCCACAAUGUAG